AUGCAGCUGGUACUAUUAGCAACCUUCAUCGGCUUUGCCGCCGCGGCUUUGCAGCCCUCAUACAUUGACCAGUCGAACCGUCCCCAGGCCGCAUACGAAAGGAAUGCGCGCAUCAUCGCCUUCAACUCGGACGUGAAGGAGAACUCAUACAGAUACAACUAUGAAACUGAAAACGGUAUCAAGGCUGAGGAACAAGGUCAAGAGGUGGAAGGUAUUGAAGCUCAAGGUGGUUUCCAAUACACUGGCGAUGACGGCAAUGUGUACUCUAUAAGCUACUCUGCGGGUCAGGCUGGAUUCCAACCCCAAGGCGCUCACCUUCCUACUUCUCCUCCCAUACCCGAGGCUAUCCUCAAGGCUUUGGAGCAAAACGCCGCUGACGAAGCUGCAGGUAUUAUCGAUGAUGGUCAAUACAACCCUGGCAAAUACGGUGGUGCUGGUGGUGCCCAACAGCAGUUCCCGCGACCCCAGUCCGGAUUCCGACAGCCCUACAAGUUCUAA